AUGGGAUCCAUACGACUAUAUUCUGGCGACGAUGGCGAAUCUCACAUUGAAGAGAUCGACCCGCCCACCGACCCCGCGUGGAGCCAGUUGCAAAACGCCAAGGGUAUCGUAUUCCGGGCGUCGCAACCGGGGUACUUCAGCGAUUGGCACGUGGCUCCACGCAGACAAUACAUAAUCACACUGUCGGGGGAAGCGGAGAUUGGGCUCGCCGACGGGACGGUCUACCGACUGGGCGCCGGAGAUGUCAACCUUGCUGAAGACAUGACGGGCCAUGGUCACACGACUCGGGUCGUGAGCGACGUUCCCAGGGUAACCGCCACGAUUCACCUGGACGGUUAGUUCAAGGCCCGGCUCCGGUUGCAGUGACUUCUGCGCCGGAGGCGGGCCUUGACAUAUUUAGUCAACUC